GGGGCGCGGCGGCCGCGCGGACCUCGCUGUCUCUGUGCCCCUCCAGCGUCAUCUGGGCCUCUUUGCUCGCCCGGACCUUACCCCGGGGCUAGGUCGGAAACAUGAGCGGCAAUAACUUGAAUGCGAACGAUGAGUUUGAUGAGCAGUUGCGGAUGCAAGAAUUGUACGGAGACCCCAAGGACGGUGACCCCCAGGAAGAUCCCGGCGGAGAAGCCGAUUCUUUGGAGCAACAGCCGGCUGACACCCCCUACGAGUGGGAUCUAGACAAGAAGGCUUGGUUCCCCAAGAUCACUGAAGAUUUCAUUGCUACGUAUCAGGCCAAUUAUGGCUUCUCUAAUGAUGGAGCGUCCAGCUCUACUGCAAACGCCCAAGAUGUCAGUGCUGGUAAUGCAGGGGAACCUCCGCAGAGAAAACCCCCCGAGCCCACUGAGCCCAAAAAGAAGGGAGAAAAAAGAAAGGCGGAAUCAGGAUGGUUUCAUGUUGAAGAAGACAGAAAUACAAAUGUAUAUGUGUCUGGUUUGCCUCCAGACAUUACAGUGGAUGAAUUUAUCCAGCUCAUGUCUAAAUUUGGCAUUAUUAUGAGAGAUCCUCAAACAGAAGAAUUUAAGGUCAAGCUUUACAAAGAUAGUCAAGGAAAUCUUAAAGGAGAUGGGCUUUGCUGUUAUUUGAAGAGAGAAUCUGUGGAGCUUGCAUUAAAACUUUUGGAUGAAGAUGAAAUUAGAGGCUACAAAUUACAUGUCGAGGUGGCACGGUUUCAACUGAAGGGGGAAUACGAUGCCUCAAAAAAGAAGAAGAAAUGCAAAGACUACAGAAAGAAACUGUCUAUGCAACAAAAGCAGUUGGAUUGGAGACCUGAGAGGAAAGCUGGACUGUCCCGAAUGCGCCAUGAGCGAGUUGUCAUCCUCAAAAAUAUGUUUCAUCCUAUGGAUUUUGAGGAUGAUCCCUUGGUGUUAAAUGAAAUAAGAGAAGACCUUCGAGUAGAGUGUUCAAAGUUUGGCCAAAUUAAGAAGCUCAUUCUCUUUGAUAGACAUCCAGAUGGUGUGGCCUCUGUGUCCUUCAGGGAUCCAGAGGAAGCUGAUUAUUGCAUUCAAACCCUUGAUGGAAGGUGGUUUGGUGGCCGUCAGAUCACUGCCGAAGCAUGGGAUGGGACUACAGAUUAUCAGGUGGAGGAGACCACAAGAGAAAGAGAGGAAAGGCUGAAAGGAUGGGAGGCUUUCCUCAGUGAGUCCGAGGCCAGCAGAGGCUUUCGGCGUUCAAAUCUUGCCAGUGCUUCAGAAAGAGCAGGGCCUUCUAGAGUAAGGCAUUUUUCAGAGCACCCUGGCACAUCGCGAAUGAAUGCUCCAGAAGCCGCAGCUGAAAUGACGUUUGAAGCGCCCGUAAAUGAAAAGAAGUUUGAAAAACCAGAAGAUGGGGGAGAAUGUGAAGACGAGUCUUCUGAAAAAGAAGGGUCUGAAGAAGGCUGGUCCAAGAGAGGGUCUGAGGGAGGCUGCCGUGAACGGGGGCCUGAGGAGGGCAGUCCUGGAAAAGAGUCUGAAGAGAAUGGCGCUGAAAGCGAACCUAAACAGAAGACGCUCCAAAGAGAUUCUGAAGAGAAUGGCCUUGAGAAGGAGUCUAAAGAGGACAGCCCUGAAAAGGAUUCUGAAGAAGAAUGCUCUGAAAAACAGUGUGAAGAUGGCUCUGAAAACGAAUUCGAAGAAAAUGGCCUUGAAAAAGAAAGUGAUGAGGAUGACUCUGAAAAAGAGUUUGAAAAUCUUCUUGAAAAAGAGUUAGAAGACUCUGAAAAAUCCGAAUGUGAAGAUGAUGGCUCUGAAAAAGUGUUUGAUGAGGAAGGUUCCGAGAGAGAGUUUGAAGAAGAUUCAGAUGAAAAGGAAGAGGAGGAAGAUGCAGAUGAAACAGUAUUUGAUGGUGAGUCAGAUGAGAAAGAGGAUGAAGGAAACGCAGAUGAAAAGGGGCUCGAAGAUGCUGACGAAGAGGAGGAUGAGGCAGAGGAAAAGCUGUUUGAAGAUUCAGACAAAAAGGAAGAGAUCGUUGAAAAGUUGUUGGAAGAUGACAGUUCCGACAAGUUGUUCGAUGAGGAUUCCAGUGACAAGUUGUUAGAGUCUAAUGAGAGGGGCACUGUGGGUUGUUUUGGGAAUCUUCAAGAAGAAGAGCCCCUGUCCACAGGCAGCAGCUUUGUCCUCAGUAGUGAUGAUGAUGAUGAGGAUAUGUAAUCCCUUCAACUUGCUUUUUUCUGAGAGUCCUUGGUCUACAUUUGCCUCUGCUUCAGAGUAAUUAUUAGUAGUAUUACAUGAACAUGUGCAUAGUGGUAGGAUGCCAUCAGAUUAAUGCAUUGAUGUUUUCAUUGUUAUCUGUACCUGAUAAUUUUAAAUAUGUGUUCAUUGGUUCAUUUAAAAGUUCAUAGUCAUAAUGCAAGUAAACUGGAUACUUGUCCUUUUGUCAGAUUUGUUAAAUGCAUGCAGAAUAAUAUUUUUGAAAGUAUUCUGACUGAAGUUUGUGAUAUUCAGAAAUAAAAAUAAGUUGAUAAUAUGCAGAAACAGAAAAUUGGACUUGAGUUACAUUGCAUUUUAAGUUCAUGUUAUUGCUUUAUUCAUAUUAAAGUUUAAUGUUUCUAAGGACUUGCAAAUCCCUUAGGAGUCUCCCUGCUUCCAGUUUAUGUUACCACUUCUGCCCGCCCUUCCCUUCUCUAAACCAGAAAAUGUUACUAAACUCAUAAAUAACACUUUUGGAGUUUUUCCCCGCCCAGUUCUUGAUUGUUUUCUUUUCUGCCUCUUUCCAUUAAAAUUUAGAUGUACAGAAAUGAAUUUCCGCAGUUUCCAUUAUUGUUGAAAAUGUAGAGGGAAAUUAGGAUUCUGUUGUGUACUGUUUCUUAACCUUGGGGGGCCCCUUUAGAAUUUGAUUAGUUAUGGAAACUUUCCCCAGAAAAAAUACACGCACACACACAUAUUACACAAGUUCUUGUGUACAGUCUAAGGUUCACGGGUCCCCUGAAGUUAAAGAACUUCUUUUGUAUUGCUUGCUUCAGUUUUCUGUUUUGUUUUAGAAUCACAGCGCCUCGUACAGUGCUAAGUUGUGUAGUCCCAGUGGAAUUUGGGGUCUUGAUUGUGCUUUCCAAAUUCAGUAUUGGUGAAUUUACUUCUGAUGUAGAAUUCAGAUGUUAGUCUCAGAAGCAUUAAAAUAAACUGCAUUGCUGCUUUUCAUUAUAGUGUCUUAAAGUGUAAUCAUUACUCUCUUGGGACAGGAAAGAGUUCCUGUUACUUCAAGCCAGUUUUUGUUGUAAAAAGUUUUUGGUUGAUCGCUGGGAUUUCUUAAAAUCUUCAGAAUUUCCACCAGGGAUGAUUUAAUAAAAGAGGUGAA